AUGCUUGUUACAUCCGUUUAUGCACGACAGCAAAAUACACAGUCGGCUUCUGGCCAUGUGCUUGUAUUGAAACACAGUGACAAGACUGUUCUUGUUGGAGUGCCAGAGUCCUACGCGGACCUGGAACUACUUUCACGCAAUGUAUUUAACAUUGCGCGAGGAGCUUUAGUGCUAGCGACCGACGACCUCGACAUUUGCCAAGGCAGUGCCGUUCAUAUUCACAGCAGCGCUUGGGAUCAUAUCAAGUAUAUUGUUGAGACCAUCACUGUUGGUUUCGAAGAUCAGCAUAUUGCCAUAGGAGUUGCCGUAGACCAGAACGAGCCCAUUUUCACGCAUGGACAGUCUAGCGCCUCAAAAUGGGCCAAUGCUCCGCUCAAUGCCUUUCAGACUCAACCGAAGAAAGAAUCAAGCCACUCGCACGUCAGUGAUAGAAUGUUUUCGCGUGCUCAGCAAAUACAACAGCAGGGUGCAGAGAACAUUGACUGGGAGAAUGCCCCUGUAGAUGAUCAUUCUGCCGACGAUGGCAUGUUCGAAGAGCACUAUACAUCUUCUCGUAAGGGUAAAGGUCGCGCGCUUCAGCAAAUUCUUUCAGAUGACGAAGAGGACACAGCGAAGGAGAACAUUUUCAAGGAUCCUACCGCCAACAAGCCCUCUUCACUUCGCGCAUCAAUUCAUUUAACAUCGGCUGGCACUCCUGUCAGCACGAAGAAGACCGGACCUCGUUCAUCCGCCAAUCGCACACUCUUCCCUACUCCAAGGAACGAUGUCACCGACGUGUUCUCGCCUAAGGGUAAAGGACCAGCAUCCAGGCUUAGCCGUGGGUCUCCAGAAAGGGAUGACAACUCUGGAUACGAGGACAAGGCCAGAGAAGGUAGUUUGGGCAGUUACGAAGUUGUAGCUUCACCCCGCGACACAUCGAAGACGCUCCAAUUUGACAAAGAGCCAAGAAGCCCAAAGGCAAUUUUUGCGAUCAACCGAAGUGAAGCAUCUUCUGAGCGGACUGCGACGCCGAAGUGGACUUCCCAAUCUACGGAUGAAACGGAUGGCCAAGGACCCUCUAACGCUAAACCGAAGUUCAAGCCUCAGCAAUCCCUUUUGAAAGUUCAAAGUCCCGCUAUGUCCGCCAACAAGCCUUUGGUUCUGGCGCAGCCACUAUCCGGAUUGGAUGACAAGAUUCUUGUGACCAUCGCUUAUCCGCCCACCGGACAGGCGACAUUUAACCUGGAUCAUGAAGGGGCGCGUCUAUUUGUGCAGGAGACAGACGAGUCCGACGAUGAAAUGGAAAUCUCAAUGGAGUGCGCAAAAGAGGACACGAUGAGCAAGGCAGGCGCACGUGACGGACGGAUGUUCAUCAUCAAGAUGGACACUGAGUAA